GGCACGGGCCUAGCCACGAGUUCUCUGGCUCUUCAGGCAAGAUUCAUCAUCCACGAAGACCGAAAUGCGGUUGUGACUGCUUUGACUUUGUUUACGCGUACACUCGGUGGAACUGUUGGUCUAGCGCAGUGCGGGGCGGUCAUGAAUAACAACGUCCGCACAGCGCUCACGACCGCCAUCGUCUCCGGCGCCUUCUCGCCUUCGGACCUUUCCAAGCUAGCAGGGUCUAGCCCGGACUCGGUAUCCGUAAUCAGUUCACUAUCCCCUGCCGGGCAGAGUAUCAUACGCGGCGCGUACCGCGUCGGAAUCGAGUGGUGUUUCUACUCGAUGGUGCCAUGGUAUGGCCUUUCGUUCAUCACUACGUUGUUGCUGGGCAAGGUGCGCGAGGAUACGCGUAUGGAAAAGAAGGACGAAAAAGUCGGGGAAACUAUUGAUAUGCAGGAAAGAGGCACACGGCCGAUAGGUGAUGGAAGCUCAAAGGGAGGGAAUAUAGCACAGUCUAAAGCAUGAUCAUGAGCCUGAGAGCGGUGACGAUGUAUUAACUUGAAG